AUGUCCAUGCUGCGGCGCCUCAAGACCGAGGGCGUCUUCAAGGCACUUGUGCCGGACCACCAAGGCAUGCUGCGCAUCAACGUGCCCUUUGCGGGCAAGUUUGAGGAGCGCGAUCUUCUCGUAGGGUUCUUGCGGAAGGAGGUCUUAAACAAGCGCAGCGACAUUCUCUUCAUCCACAUCUAUGUCAGCGAUGUCCAGGACUUCUUCAGCGAGAUGACGGCUCCCUCCAAGGAUCCCAAUAUUUACAUUUCGUACGUUUCGCAGGAUGGCAGAAUUCCUCUGCCUCCCGCGCAGCUCCUACUCGGCAUGCACCCGGACUGCAGCAGCCGAUUCUUGACCGACUUUGGAGAGCCAUACCGUCGGUACUACUACUUGUGGCAGCAGAUCUUGUACCAGUCUGCUAUGAGCUGCACCCAGGUUGCCGUCUUUUGCAACCUGUGGCUUGAGGAGGCGAUUGAGGUGCAGAAUGUCACGCGACAUGCAGGCAUGAUGUCGUCCGCAGCCUUAAAGAAUGAGAUCUAUUAUGGCCAGACGGUGACCUCCCCCUUGACGGCGAACAAGCGAGACAGGAAGCCGUUCCACUACCUGGUCAUUGCUGAUCGAGCGCCUUUCAAGGUGGUGCCAAACAUCAUCACCAAUGAUGAAGACUACACUGGUCCGUAUCACAACUUUUGGACCCUUGGGCUGUUGAAAGCAGACCUUUGCAAGAUGCUACUGCGUGUUCUGCUCCCUUGCGUGUUUACUAUAAUUGGUAUUAUUAUUAUUCUUUGUACUGUUUUCAUGAUUAUAUUACUGAUAUUCUUCUUACACUGCGCGAGUGGUGCGGGUGGGACGAAUGGGGCGAGUCGGGCGAGUGGGACGGGCCGGGUUAAUUUCCCCCUCUGCGGUUUCCAUGGAAAGAGAGUGAACUCCUGCCCCACUUGCCCCACUCGCUCCACUCGGUUCCGGACAGGCAAGUGGGGCAAGUGA